AUGUGCAGAGAGAAGAAAAAUUCUUUGUAAAACUUUUAUGAAAUGAAAUAAAUGUAACUAGUGAUCAUGUUGUUCAUUUUUUAAAUAAACUAUAACUGUUGUACGGGUGUGAAAGAAUUACAAUUUUCAGAAGUAUAGCAGAGAGAUUGUAGAUACCUUAGGUAACAGUAACAUUAAAAAAUAUAAUUUAAAAACGAUUAUAUAUUGGCAUCAUUUUAGAUUUAACAGGGGUCAGAUUCUCAGAAAAAAAUUUAUAUAUACAAACAUACAAAAUGGAAGCAGUUGUUCACAAAGCUGUGCAUUGGUAUAACAUCAAUUCUUUUAUAUAGUUUUAUUGUUUUAGACAAUGAAAACUUAAAAAUCUUAUAGGUAGAAGUUUUAACAGCCUACUUUACUCAAUACAAAGUACUUAAUCGACCUUAAUAAUCGCAAUUCUUGCUGUUAUUAAUUUUGUAUUUUAUAAAUUUUAGCAAAAUACUUUGAAAAAUCAUAGCCCUAUACAUGUAGCCAAUGGGAAUGUGUACUUAUUUUUUUAUGUUUUAAGAACUUCAGGAAUACUUUUUAGGUGUUAAAGCUUACCUUCAUAAACAACUUUUCAAACUCUUUCAUUUGAAAUCAACUUGUCUUUUCACAAUGGUAUAUCUGGACCUACUGUUUUGUUGUGUCGAAUUGUUAGCAGAUUUUCAAACAAUAACAAUAGUUACAAAUAAGAAUUCUACGUGUUAAUAUACAGAGGAUGGUGGACAACAACUUAUCCUUGGUGUUACAUGGUAUUGGUGAGAUUGGUAUGUAUGUAUACGGUACAUGCGUAUACAGUCAAACCUGCUAUUAUGACCACUUCUAAGCGACUUCCACCUGUGUUGAAGCACAUUUGAGUCUAAGACCAUUCUGUCUAAUUAUUCAUUAUUUUUCAUUUCUCCUGACAAAAUAACUAAUUAUUUUUGUCUUUUGUCUUGUUUUCUCAAAAAAAAGUCUGUUUUUUUCUCGGAUCAUAGUAUUAUAUAAUAUCAGGAAAUGAUCAGCUAAAAAUAAAUAUUAAAAAAUGAAUUAGACACUAGAAACAAAAUGGAAAUGUAGAAGUUCCUCUUCUACAUUUCUAUUUUGUUUAAAGUUUAAAGGUAAAGUUCAAGGUUUAAAAAUGUCAAAGUACUUAAACACUCAGUUAAAAUGUUUGGGGUUCACAAUUUUCAACGUCCCUGCUUUUCUAGUAGUAAAGCAUUUACAAUAAAGUUUGCAAACUUAAGAUUGUAACACUUGCACUAUUUCAAACAAGAUUCAGGCAUUCUACAAGUUGUGGUGAAAAGUGAAAGAUAAAAAAAUGUAAAGAUAGCCACGAUGGAGGCUGGCUGUCUCAAAGAAGUGAAAAUGCUACCACCUGCCCAAGACAAGACAACCAUUUCUUAAGUUGACCGUAUGUAUACAAGUUUGAUUGCAUAUGAUUUUUAUUGAUUUGUUUGUGAUGUGGUAUGGAAUGUCAUGUGUUUAAUUUUUUUUCAUCCUGUUAUAAAAAAAUAGAUAUGAUGAAUUAAUGCUUGUAAAUCUCAUUUUGUAUUUAGGAAGAAAGACCAGUGCCAAAGCCUAGUAAAAAUGAAGUUUUGUUGAAAAUGCAUUCUGUUGGCAUUUGUGGAUCUGAUGUGCAUUUCUUAAAAAGAUGGCAGAAUUGGUGAUUUUGUUGGUUCUUGGUCAUGAGUCUAGUGGAACUGUUGUUGAGGUUGGAGAAGGUGUCACUCAUUUAGUAAAAGGUGAUAGAGUUGCUAUAGAACCAGGAGUUGGAUGUUAUGUUUGCAAUUUUUGCAAAUCAGGUCGUUAUAAUUUGUGCCCAAAAACUGUCUUCUGUGCUACACCUCCCGAUGAUGGUUCACUAAGUCGGUUUUAUGUUCAUGCUGCAGAUUUUUGUUACAAGUAAGUGGAGACUAAAUAUUUUAUGAACUGAUUUCAGGUUUUGUUUAGAAGAAAUGAUAUUGCAUUGGAAUUAGUAGCAUCUGGCAAAGUUGAUGUGAAACAACUGAUUACUCAUGGUUUAAACUGGAACAAUCUCACAAUGCUUUCUACAUCAAGAAAGGACAUUGCUGUAAAGGUUAUGAUUUCGUGUGAAAGGUCAUAAUUAAUCUAAUUUAAAUAAAAAAGGCGAUAAUGGUGAACAUACUUGUGGCUUUGCGUCUACAUCAAUACAUGAUUACAACAGACAGUCAAUUUCUGUUUGAUAUUGCACCUUCACUUGCAUCUUUUUUAUCAAGAUGUUUUAAAUUAUUUUCUUGUUCAUAUCUGUGUAUCUGUUUAUUACUAGUCGUUAGCCCGUGGAAAAAUCCACGGGUUCGCUCGUUCUUUUUAUACUGCAUUGCGAGCGUCUCGCUACCUGCGCAGGUAAGCCACCAUUUUGCGUGACAGACGGACGGACGGACAGACGUAUACGGGUGUAAUAUAGAUAUUAUAUUAUAUUAUAUUAUAUAAUAGCUGCUUUUCCAGAUAUGUUUAAAACAGUCUACCAUCCUGAUAGGGAAGAAGCUCGUUAUAUUAUAGUGUGGUUAUUUACUAGUGUUCCUUGAAAUAGGUGGAAUAAUCAAAGAAUUGAUUGAAUUUGCUUAAAUGUUACAUUCUGCAAAAAAAUAACUGGAAUUCAUAUGAAAGAGUUUGAAAAAGUGUUUUUUAUUUUUUUAUUAUUUUGGAAAAAUCUUGAUCGGUUUAAACAUUUUUGACUUAAAAGUUUUUAUAGUUAUGCUCAUUAAUGCUUGACGUAAUGUAUUGGGAAUAAAUGAGGUGCUUUUUUAAGGGUUUAACAAGAUAGUGGUGAUAUAAAUAUGUUUUUGCUUAUCCAGUUUAAUAUUUUAUACAUUUACCAUGAAUAAUAUUAUUCAGUCAAGUCACCCUGACUAUCAUUCUCAAUGCCAUAAUUUCACAUAAUUAGCUAAACUUUCGAGUUCCAGGAGCCGAUAAAGAUUUUACCAAAAGGUAAAAACAUGCAUAGACAACUUUUAAAGCUCUUACCAACGUGUUUAUUCACUAAAGGCAAGCUUUAAGCGUAUACUCCCUGUUUUUGUGCUCUCUUAAAAUUCCUCCUUUAGAAAUACUGCCGAUUGAUACUUUGCUGACACUACACUGACACUAAUAAAUUUUUUUCUAGUGUCCCUGAUGUCUUUAGUCUUUUCUUUUGAGCUUAGCUACACUGUAUUCUCUGUUGUUUAUUUAUAUUUUUAAAAACAAACUAUACCUAUGUAAUUAAGUAUAUUUUUACAGUGAAUUUAUAGAAUCUCAAUAUAUUUAAUUUUAACCUAAUGAUAUAUUAAUUGCUUUGAUUUUAUUAUUUUUAAUUUUUAAUUUUAUUUUAAAUUCUGUGACCAACUCUGUUAUUUCUUUUUCCAACUUCAAGGUGUAUGGUUUAAUAAGGAAUUCUAAUUUGAUUUAUUAGA